UAUUUGAUGACAGAAAUCAAAGUUAGACACGAUUAUGUCUGGUAACGCACAAGACUUCAAGCAAAAACUUGAGAAGCAAAUUUUAGCGGGACGAAGCGAUGCUCAGAAAAAACCCGACUCUGCUCCUGAGGAGUGGGUGGUGAACGAACCCAAGCGUAUCACAAAGCCACAAACGGAGGCGCAGAAGAAGCUGGCAGAUCUCUUAAAGAGUAGCGUUCCUUCGAAAGAAAGAGUUUCGGACAAGUGAAUGAACUAUGAAAAGUUUCAGCUGCAAACAAAGCUGGUAGUUUAUUAU